UUGAUGCGUUCACUGCCGCCAUUCUAAACAUUUUGUUGGGUGUGUCAUUUCAUUAGUUGCAGUAAACAAUAUAUUUAGGUGGUUUAUUUUUUUAGGAAACAUAGUGAAAAUGUUUAAAAUAUGUUUGCUAACUAUUUUUCUGUGCCUGCUGCAAGAGAAGUGCAUAGAUUCUCAGCACCACUAUGAAAAUGAAAAACAAGUGAAGAAUCUAAUUUGGUGCACGAAAAGCUUAGAAGAACAAUAUAAAUGUCAGAACCUGACUGUUGCUAUCGAACGAGAUCGAGCCAUUUUCGAUGAUGCAUUUCUAAAUUUGACGUGUUUUUUGGGGUACAGCGCCGACGAAUGUAUUCACCACAUUGAUCGCGACAAAGCUCAUGUAACAACGCUUGAUGCUGGCGACGUAUUCUCUGCAGGUAGAUACAAAUCCCUAGUGCCUAUAAUGCAAGAGAAGUUUGUUGGAAAUCUGACGAAUUAUCAUGCUGUGGCUGUAAUUAAAAAAGAUACACUACAAGAUGUCUACAGUUUACGCGAUCUGCGAAAUAAACGUGCCUGCUUCCCGUGGGUGGGUAGCAUGGCCGGAUGGAUUGUGCCUAUAUAUACGUUGCAACGUGACGGAGGGAUGGAAAUAGUGGACUGCAAUAAUCAAGUAAAGACAGCAGCAAACUACUUUAAUAAUUCUUGUGCCGUUUAUUCAUUGAUCAACAAAUACAAUCCAAUUGGCGAUAAUUCAGAUAAACUCUGUAGACUAUGCACUGGUAAAAUACCUGGUGGCAGAUGUUCAGCGAGAGAUCCAUACUAUGGCUAUGACGGCGCUUUCCGUUGUCUUCUGGAAGCAGGAGAGGUAGCUUUUUUACGCGACUUAACCGUUACAGAAAUGUUACAAACUGAUGAAUUCAAAAGCUUAUCACCCGAUCGAUUUGAACUACUUUGUCGAGACGGCCGUCGCAUGCCUGUAACCGAAUAUCGGCAUUGCAACUGGGGUAUUAUUCCUUCCGAUGCUAUAGUUACUUCAUCUGCUAGAAACUCACUUGAGCGAAAGAAAUUUCAACAAUUUUUACGACGCAUAAUUGAACUUUACUCAGAUGCUUUGCGCGAUGAAGCCGAACAGCAGAACUUGCGUGGUAAUACGGAAUAUGGCAACAAUAAUUUCAAUUACAAUAACAAUAAUAACAAAGAUCAGUACGGCAACCCGUAUGGUGUAAAUAUCAAUAACCCAUAUGACACAUCCAAUACAUAUAAUCGAAAUAGUUACGAUGGUGGGAACAUCGGUUUUCGUAAUGAUCGCUUAGAUUCAAGUUUCACAACAGAACGGAACUACGGGGAAGGUACCAACGAAUCCAUUUUGUAUGAAAAGUUCAGGAUAUUUGAGUCACGCCGGUAUGGCAAGGCGAAUCUAAUGUUCCAAGAUUCGGCUCGUUCGUUAUCUCCCAUUGCAGAAGAUGAUCAAUCCUUCAGUAAAUAUUUGCAAAAUACCAUGCAGUAUAUCUAUGGCAUACGUGAGUGUCCAGUACCAAGUAUGACUCUAUGUGUAACCUCUGAUCCCGAACUAGAGAAAUGCAUCAAAAUGAAGACGGCAUUAAAAGCUCAGCUCUUAAAACCUGAGCUAAUAUGCAAGAAGAUGCACUCGCAUAUAAAUUGCAUGCAAUGGAUCCAAUCAGGCAAAGCCGACAUCGCAGUAUUCGACGCGGGUGAUGUAUAUACCGGAGGUUUAAAUUAUGAAUUAGUGCCUUUUAUGUCUGAGGUUUACAAUUUGGACGAGCCGGAGUAUUAUGUUGUAGCCGUUGCUAAGGAAGAAGAUCCCGAUACCGAACUGACUUAUCUCAAAGGCAAAUAUACUUGUCACACUGGUAUUAAUACUGCGGCUGGUUGGACCUACCCAAUGGCGUUUCUUAUUUCAAAUGGCUGGAUACGCCCAUAUGGUUGUGAUUCGGUGCGUGCUGCAGCCGAAUACUUCACCAAAUCUUGUGUACCAGGAGCUAUCAGUAAUGAAUAUAACACUGGCGUACCUUAUGAUAGAAUGUGUGAUCUUUGUCAUGGCACAAGUUAUCGGUAUUGCAGACGUGAUGCGUCCGAAGACUACUAUGGCCACACAGGUGCAUUCCGUUGCCUCGUGGAGGGAGGUGGUCAUGUGGCUUUCAUGAAGCACACAACCGUUAUGGAGAGUACGGGUGGCAAACGCAAAGAGUGGUGGGCAAGAAAUGCGCUUAAUGAUGAUUUUGAACUGCUGUGCACUGAUGGUACUCGAGCAGAACUGCAAGACUACAGGAAGUGUAAUUUGGGUAAGGUAAAAGCCAAUGCAAUUGUAACGCGUGGUGGCGUCAACUACAAUGAAACCCAAGUCAAUGCAUACAUUAAUUUACUAACCUACGCCCUACAACUGUAUGGUCGAAAGGAUGUCGAUUCGUUCACCUUCAGCAUGUUUUCUUCACCGAUGGGUUUUUACGACCUCAUCUUCCAAGAUGCUACGCGACAGUUGCGUGUCAUACCACCCGAGCAACGAAGGUAUGAUAUAUACUUGGGCAGCAACUUUAUGCGUGCUCGCCGCAUCACCGACUGUUAUGCUGGGACAGGCCAAUUAGUUGCUUCAUUGCCACUCCUCGCAAUUAGUGCUGUACUACUAAGGGUCUGACGAAUUCGAGUUGCCUCCAGUUUACAUAUCAAAUAUAUAUACAAAAAACAAAAUAUCCCAAAACUAGCGCUCUUACAAGCAAAUAGUUAAGUAUAAGCAUUCCUCAGUAAUAGUAAUUAGUAAUCAACUCCUGCAGACCCCAGGAAAAUGAUUGUUGCUUUUUCCAUUCCUUAGAAGUAAAUUCAGAAGUAACUAUUUUGCAAUUUCAUUUCAAGGAAUUAUAUUUUGCAUUUGGAAUUAAUAAUGUGCUAGCAAUGUAAGUUUUUUCCAACGUCUAGAAUUGCAAGAGUACUUUAGUAGUUUUUUUUUUCAAUUCCACAAAGGAAUUAUAAAAGUAAUUGAGAAACUAAAAGUUAAUUUACGAAUGUGCAAUGGGAAAUUUGUAUUGUUUUCAAAACUUAAAAUCGAGUCUUGAUAUAUUUUAUUUAUUUAUUUCAUUAUCAAGUUUAUGAAACAAAAACUUUUUAUAGAUUAUGUAACAAUUAAGAUUUAACUAGGCCAUCGAAUUAAGAAUAUUAGUAAACAUUGUUGUGGGAAAGAAAAAUCGAGGUCGGUGUAGCUAAUGGGAUUGAAAAAAAUACUUCUAAGGUAUUGAAAAAGUAAUAAAUUCCUUCGUUGUUGAUUAGAAGCAUUACAUUCUCAAAGAACUCAUUUUACGACCCAGCUCUGAGUACAUAUAGGCAUAAUAAAUAGGGUACAUGCGCGUACAAAUUGUAAACACAAGUUAUUGAACAAAAAUCUAUGCUUUUAUAUAUGUACACACAUACAUAUGACGAAUAAGCAACAAAUAUUUUUGCUGAAUAUAAUUUCAAUAGUCUGUAAGCAUAAGUAGUGAGUGCCUUAUAUACAUAUAACAUUCCGUCCAACGUUUACUAUUGUAACAGAAAAGAAUCUCUUAAAAUAAAUUUUAAAUCAGAACCAAUUAUAGCCCUAUUAUGAAAAUUUA